AUGUCUCUUUUGGUGCACCCUGAUAAAUGCUCGCAUCCUCGAGCUCAACAAGCAUUUGUUAAGUUGAACAAAGCUUUCAAAGAAUUACAUGAUCCAGAUAAGAGGAAAGUGCUGGAUGACAAAAUUCAACUAAAGGAGGAACGCGAAAAAUUUAUGGUUGAGUUGAAGGCAAUGCGUGAGUCUGCACAGUGGAGAAAGUUACAAGGAAUAUGCAUGGAGGGUGAUGAUGAGCUCCUAGCAGACAUGAUGGAUGUUAAGGUGGCACCAAAAAGAGAUGAGUGGAUGACAACGCUGCCAUCCGAAAGGAAACACGGUAUGCCUCCCAGGCGAUCGACAAGAUUUAACAGUAGUAAUGAGGCUGCAGCCUUUGCUUCAAAUGCGGAGGAAAAGAAAAGGAAGGUUUCAGAUGGAGAUUUGGUAGACAAAUACGAUAAAGAAAAACGAUCAAAAUCACUUUUGCGAAAACACAAAGAGGAGACUGCAAAGCGUUCAAAGAGAAAAUCCAAGAAACAACAGAGAGAGGAGGACUGGGUGGGGAAACAUCCGUGGAAGCCUUGGGAUCGUGAGAAGGAUUUGGCAGGGGGGAGACAGAGAGUAAAAUUGGAUUCAGAAAACAUGAAUCAAGCUUUAACAUCGCGAUUUUCUUCCGGCUCAUACGAGAGGAACUUCCUUUAA